AUGGCCUUCUGGUUGCAGCCCGACGCCUGCCUGCUCGGCAGCCCCCUGGGCCUCACAUGUUUGUCCCUUUUGAUCUCGGCUGCAGCUGGAACCCGCUGUGACUGCAGCCUGGGCCUCAGCCGGGAGGCCCUCAUCGCGCUGCUGGUGGUGCUGGCAGGCAUCAGCGCCAGCUGCUUCUUCGCCCUGGUCAUUGUGGUGGUGGGCGUCAUCCGAGCCAGGAGUGAGACGUGCCCCGGCACCAACAUGGACACCAUGGAGGCCAGUUUGGUGCAGGAGGACCACCUGGACCUGCAGACGGUGCAGGUGGAGUCCAACCUGAUGGACUCCAACGAGGAGCUCACCGCGGAGGACGAGGGCCUGGCCCUGGAGGAGCCUCUGUGCCCACCGCUGCCCGAGUAG